AAAAUCAAACCAAACUGCCGCGAACCGCGAUCGUUUCGAAACUUGACCGGUUUCUUGAGAAAUUUCUUUGGAAAAUUAUCUUUGUUUUACGUUCGUGUUAUUUAAGUAUUGUUUUUGUUAAACGUUGAGCAAUCGUUCACCAACCCAGCCAACAUGGUGUACGAAAUAAUCUCGUGCGCCCGGGACACCCAGCUGCAUACAUUUCCGGGGUUGGAGCAGCUCGGUUCAAGUCCGCACGUAAACAGCAAUGGAAGCGAUUGCCACUUUUUCUCGACCAAACUGUUCCUGCGGGCCAACAAGAACUGGGGCGUUGAGAUGAUGCGCAUCAAGGACGUGGACGGAAAACCGACCUUGGCCUGCGUCAAGAAGAUCUCGAUGGACAACCUGUACUGCGCGGCCUGCCCGAAGACGGACCGGGAGGAGUUUGCGAUGGGGCUUACGUCCGGCGCGAUCCGGUUGAUGAACUACAAAAAGUCAACCUACACGAAGCGGUUUGAGGCGGACAAGAUCGCCAACGGGGUUACGUUUCUGGACUUUAGCGCAACCGAUGACUUCCUGGCGGCCGUUUACGAGAGUGGAACAGUUAGCUUGUACGGUAUGAAAACAAGCAGCCGGGUGGCCACGAUGAGCUUCGAUAAACAAACCACCAAGGUGCGUUUUCACCCCACCAAACGGUUCCUGCUGUCGGUAGCCUCGUACAACGGUUCCGUCAUGCUAUACGACACGCAAACCAAGAAGAUCGCGUUCAACCAGCAGGACGCUCACGGCGCUCCCUGCCGGGACAUAGCCAUGACCGCCACUACUCCGGAUGUAAUCUACUCCGCGGGUUACGACAACGUGAUAAACAUUUUCGACACGCGUAAGAAAAUUACGGCGUCGCAAAUCCGCUCCAACUAUCCGUUCGAAUCGCUGGCGAUCUCCGAAUGUGGGGGCUAUUUUUGCGCAGGAAAUUUGAAGGGCUUCAUUUACGGGUACGAUAUGCGGAAUCUGGCGGAACCCAUUAAUACCUGCAAGGUGCACGAUAGUAUCGUGAACAGCAUUGUGUUUGUGCCGAAACCGGCCGAAGCCCGGGAAGGGAACAGUCGUCGGGUGAGCUUCGAGCCCUCACGGGCAUCGCUCACGGCUGCUGAGGUUGUCCCGAUUAAGACUGUCGCUUCGCCGGUUCCGGUUCAGGUCAAAACCGAACACGACAGCUUCAUGGGAGAGAUUGAUCAGUUCUUGCAACGGCGUGACUCGAUGGAUUACAUGUCUCGGCUGAGCACUUCUUCACGGUUGAGCUCGGAUUCUCGAAGCAGCAUCAACAUGGGAGGUGGUAAUAAUUUGAUGGGUUACUUGGAUGACUUGUCCGAUGGCAACUUGGACCUCGAUCAACUGGAGGCAGCUCAAACGAGUCUGGAAGAAAGCAACAUCAAUGUCAAUCGGCUGCUCAAAAGAACCACGAUUAAAAAGCAACCCUCCGUGGAUCGAACCCAUCGUUCGACGGUCAACCUCGAAAACAUCCGAGAAGAGUCCGACGUUGACAGCAGUCGCGCCCUGGUUGAAAUCCCAUCCGACCCCAACAUUGAAUCUCUCAAACAAGCCACCAAUGGAUCCUCCAAAAGGAAUUCCCUUCGGCGCUCAACCGAUCUAGAGAACAAGGAAAACCAACACGGCACUACAAUGGACAAAAGCUCCACCCCACAACCGGAUGCGAACCCCACCUUCAACUGGGACACCCCAAAAGCCCCCCAACCAGCAACCACCGUACCCACUUCCGACGCUCCCAUGUCCGCCUCGGUUCAGGCCGGAUUCGCCGAGCUCAAGCUGGAAAUCGCGAACCUUCGCAGCGAACUGCGCGAAGAGAUGAAGGAGCACUUCUUCCAGAACAAAAUCGACCGCAAAUACACGGCCCAGGCCACGCGCAGCAACGUCUGGAUGGGUUCGUUCAACCUGUGGCAGGAGACGCAAAAGAAGCUCGAGCGCAUCGACGAGGUGACCCAGUCCGGGUUCGGUCUACUGCUGACAAACGAUGAGUUUACGCAGCGCUUUAUGGCCCUGCAGAAGGAGAACGAGGCGCUGAAGCGGCGGCUGGCCGAGCUGGAGAAGGGAUCGACGACGAUGGCCGGGGGAGGAGUAGGAGGAAGAAAAAGUAAGUAGAGAGGGAUGUGAAAUUUUGGGUUUUAUUUAUUGUCGCGAAAGCCACCGAGUGGCGGGCGAGAUUCAUAUUUUUAUUACUGCAUUUGUUUUAUGAGAUAAUACACGGAGAAGAUUGAUUUUUGUAA